GGCACUAGAGGGAGCUGCGGCCGCGCCCGCCCAGCCGCGCCGGCCCGGCCCGGAGCGCCGCCUCCCCAGCCAGCGCCGCCGCUAUGGCGGAGGACAGCGAGUCUGCGGCCAGCCAGCAGAGCCUGGAACUGGACGACCAGGACACGUGCGGGAUAGACGGGGACAAUGAGGAGGAGACGGAGCACGCCAAAGGAAGUCCUGGAGGGUAUUUGGGAGCCAAAAAGAAAAAGAAGAAGCAGAAGAGAAAAAAGGAGAAACCAAAUUCUGGAGGCACCAAGUCGGACUCGGCGUCUGAUUCCCAGGAGAUUAAAAUUCAGCAGCCUUCGAAACACAACACCAUCUGGCAGCAGAUCUCAGCGGGAGCAGCUGUGGAAUCCCAGUGUCCCCAUGCAGAAGUUGCAGGACAUCCAGAGAGCAAUGGAGCUGCUAUCCGCAUGCCAGGGCCCAGUCAGGAACAUUGACGAGGCUGCAAAGCACAGGUACCAGUUUUGGGACACACAACCGGUACCUAAACUAGAUGAAGUCAUAACAUCUCAUGGUGCAAUUGAACCAGAUAAAGACAACGUUCGCCAAGAACCAUAUUCUUUGCCACAGGGUUUUAUGUGGGACACUUUAGACUUGAGUAAUGCCGAAGUGCUCAAGGAGUUAUACACGUUGUUAAAUGAGAAUUACGUGGAAGAUGAUGACGAUAUGUUUCGCUUUGACUAUUCACCCGAGUUCCUAUUGUGGGCUCUGCGUCCACCAGGCUGGCUCCUGCAGUGGCACUGUGGGGUCAGAGUGUCUUCAAAUAAAAAACUGGUCGGGUUCAUAAGCGCCAUUCCAGCAAACAUUCGGAUUUAUGACAGUGUGAAGAAGAUGGUAGAAAUCAACUUUCUUUGUGUUCAUAAGAAACUGAGGUCGAAACGGGUAGCCCCAGUGCUAAUCCGAGAGAUCACCAGAAGAGUGAACCUGGAAGGGAUCUUCCAGGCAGUAUACACCGCGGGAGUGGUUCUUCCUAAGCCAGUGGCCACGUGCAGAUACUGGCAUCGAUCACUAAACCCCAGAAAAUUGGUAGAAGUGAAAUUUUCUCACUUGAGUAGAAAUAUGACUUUACAGAGAACAAUGAAGCUAUACAGACUUCCGGAUGUUACAAAGACUUCAGGUUUGAGACCGAUGGAACCAAAAGAUAUCAAAUCAGUUCGAGAAUUAACCAACACUUACCUGAAGCAGUUUCACCUGGCUCCAGUGAUGGAUGAAGAGGAAGUAGCCCACUGGUUCCUCCCCCGCGAGCACAUUAUUGACACGUUUGUAGUGGAGAGCCCCAGUGGUAAACUGACUGACUUCCUGAGCUUCUACACGCUCCCCUCGACGGUCAUGCAUCACCCUGCUCACAAGAGCCUCAAGGCCGCCUACUCAUUCUACAACAUCCACACAGAGACACCCCUGCUGGACCUCAUGAGCGAUGCGCUUAUCCUGGCUAAAUCGAAAGGAUUUGAUGUAUUCAAUGCACUGGAUUUGAUGGAAAAUAAGACAUUCUUGGAAAAACUCAAGUUUGGUAUAGGAGAUGGCAAUUUGCAGUAUUACCUGUACAACUGGAGAUGUCCAGGUACAGAUUCUGAAAAGGUUGGACUAGUACUACAAUAGAUGGAUAUUUUUAUUUCGAGAACUCUGAUAUCAUCAUUUGUUAAUAUUUAAUGAUGCCUGGAACUGUCAUUCCAAAGAAGAAUAAAAGCACAACUCAAGUGAAAUUGAAGUAGUCGCUAAGCAGAAAAGAGGACAAAUGUCCACCUGACACUUGUCCACACUUCUAGCUAGAAUGUUAAACUUCAUCCUUUUUUCACUAUUGACCCAUUUGUGGGAGGGAUGAAAGGCUACAAAGAACACAUUCUUGUAAUUUUCAAACUUUUGGCUGUCUCUUGAAGAGAGGUAUUUUUCCACUCUCUAGAAAAGGGACUGUUUUUCUAUGAACUAAAUAGAAGUUACAGAAUCAUGUAAGAAAAUCUUUGCUAUUGUUUGGAGACAAACUGCUGCAUUUCUGUUUCUUAAGUGAUGAUAUAUUUGUCCAUGUAACAGAACAAAAGACCCAUCUGGAAAUUUUUUUACUGGUAUUACCUUACAUGGUUUCACUGGGAACAUUUAUGGAAUCAACACUUCCGUAGCUCAGCGACAAGUGUUGGGUAUUUAAGUGUGGAGCAAUAUUAAAAUAUCCUGGUGACUAGUACAUGUAUUUCUCCAUAAGCGAAGUUGCCAGAUCAAUAAACACACAGGUUUGGACUUUGAUCUUCACCAGGUCAGUGGAUUGCUUCAAAAGCAAAGUUUUGUGCAAGCGCUCACUAAGUAUGCUCUCUGAAAGAGCCUGCGCCCGCAACUAAUGAGACUUGUCUGCUCUUCUGCAAAGAUCAGUUUCUUCUCUGCAACAUCAAGGAUAUAUGAGGAAAAGGAAAUAAAAGCUGUAAAGUCAAAAGAGAUGCCUGGUGGAACUUAUUUGUGCUAUCAGGACAUGGAUCGUUUGAAUGUUUUUAUUACUUAUGCAAGAUUGCACAUAUUCCUCUACGCUGACUUUCUCAUGAAAACUGUCAUGAGUCACGCUCAUGGAAAAUGUCUUAUUUGUAAAUAAGUGUUCAUAAUUUUGUUAUGGUGUUUUUAUCUAGAAUUUGAAAAACAAAUUGUCAUGGUGUACA